GCGAAACCGGCGGCGACCGCCCGCAGGGCUGCCCCCAUAAAGACUCCCUCCCCGCUGCCGCUUUCCAACGGCGGAGCGAUCGAGAGCCGAGAGCGAUCCACCGAGCGAGAGGGACAGGGAGAGAGAUUGGGGUUUGGCGAUGGAGAGGGGAGACGGGGGUGGAGGCAUGGCGCCGCGGGGCGGCGGCGGCGUGGUGGGGUCGGCGGCAAUGCUGGGGCUGGACAUGCACCUGGCCCCGCAGCAGAUGCACCCGGCCGCCGCGUUCCAGCACCAGCAGCAGCAGGCGGAGCACCACCACGGCGGGUUCCAGCUGCACCAGGCAGCGCCGGUGAGGCAGGAGCAGCCGUCGUUCUCGCCCUACUCCAACACGUCGUCGUCCAGGGUCGCGGCGGGGGUCGGGCACGACGACGAGAUGGUGGGCAACGGUGGUUUCGGCGGGAAGGCCGGCGGAGUGGUGCAGCAGCCGCAGCAGAUGGCGGCGGCGGGGGUGUGCCCGUGGACGCGGAUGAAGUGGACGGACACCAUGGUGCGCCUGCUCAUCACGGUGGUGUACAACGUCGGCGACGACGGCGACGGCGUGGCGCCGGCUGGAGGCGCGGGGGGAGGCAGGGCGGCCAAGGCGGGCUCGUCUGCGCACGGGCACGGGCACGGGCACGCGGCGGCGGCGCAGCAGCAGCAGAAGAAGGGCAAGUGGAAGUCGGUGUCGCGCGCCAUGGGGGAGCAGGGCUUCACAGUGUCGCCGCAGCAGUGCGAGGACAAGUUCAACGACCUCAACAAGCGCUACAAGCGCGUCGUCGACCUGCUCGGCCGCGGCCGCGCGUGCCGGGUGGUCGAGAACCACGCGCUGCUCGACGCCAUCGACGACCUCUCGGCCAAGGCCAGGGACGAGGCGCGCAAGCUGCUCAGCUCCAAGCACCUCUUCUUCCGCGAGAUGUGCGCCUACCACAACGGCGGCGGGCCGCCGCACGCCGCGGCAGGGGGCGACGCCGCCUGCCUCCACCACCCGCCGCCGGCGGCCUCGUCCGCCGCGCGCCACGUGCAGCAGCAGCAGCUGCAGCACCAGGCGGCGGCCCCCUCCCCGCCGGGGAUGAAGGACUCCUCCGCGGACGACGACGACGACAGCGACGACGCCCUGAGCAACAACGGGGACGACGACGAGGAGGACUACGGCGACGACGACGAGGACGGCCAGUGCCACGUGUACCACCGAUCCCACCACCACCACCACCAGCAGCGCGGCAAGCGCGGGCGCGGCGAGGACAGCGGCGCAGCGGCGGACGACGACCACGAGGACGACGCCGGCGGGAAGCGCGCGCGGGCGGCGGCGUCGGUCGAGCAGUCGGCGGCGGUGCAGCAGCUGAAGGGCGAGCUGGCGUCGGCGACGGCCGCGGCGGCGGACCCGCAGCAGGCCCGGUGCUGGGUGCGGCGGCGCGCGGUGGAGGUGGAGCAGCAGCAGGUGGCCCUCGAGUCCCGCGCCUUCGAGCUGGAGGCGCAGCGGCUCAAGUGGGAGCGGUUCCGCGGCAACAAGGAGCGCGACAUGUUGCGCGCGCGGCUGGAGAACGACCGCCUCCGCAUCGAGGGCCACCGCAUGCUGCUCCUGCUCCGCCACAAGGACAUCGAGCUCGACAUGGCCGAGGCCAACUCCUCGUCCGUCGACCACCACCCCGCCACCGCCGCGUCGCCGCUCGCGGCGCAGCACUACCAGCCCCAGCCGAUGGGGUCCAGCCCCUCCACCGCCGGCCACCCCAACUAGGAACUAGCUAAGCCGCCGUGCGAGAGCCUUUCCAUUACCGGUAGCGGUCGGUGGCGGUUCUUUUUUUCCCUUUUCUUUUUCUUUUAUAAAAGGAAAACUUCACUAGUGUAUAGGAGGAGUUCUCUUUCUUUAUUUGGACAAAAAAAACUGUAGCAGCAUAAAUUGUGCUCAUGUUUCAGAAUUUCAGGGCCUAGCUAGUGCCGUAGUUUGUGCGUGUCAGGAUUUCAGUGUGGCUGUUCAUAGGGGAAUGGGACGCGGCCCUGUGUGGCUGUGUCAGGUCAGAGUCUAGGCUAAUGCAUUCAGUUAAUAGUAUUUUUUUCUCACACCAAA